AUGGCAAAGAUAUCUUUGGGAAUGAAACGAAAAGCGACCGAGUCGUCAAAUCUCGAGCGGAACUCUGAAGCACAGAGCUGGAUUGACAGAUUCGCUCCUCAAUCCAAAGAGAAACUCGCGGUCCACAAAAAGAAGAUCGAGGAAGUGGAAUCAUGGUUUGCCAGGAAUUUGAUUUCGAAAAAAUUCGAGAAAGGCAAAGCCCCGAUAUUGCUCCUGGUAGGACCGACCGGUAGCGGGAAAACUACUUCACUGAGAGUAGUCGCACAAGAUCUCGAUAUCCACAUCAAAGAAUGGCUUCAUCCGAUAACUCAAGAGAGCAAUACCGCUCAAGGGAGUGCAUGGAGGGAAGGGGGUCAACAAGAUUAUCCUAAAGAGAGCGUCGUCGAGCAUUUCAUGGAUUUCAUUUUCCAAGGGAGUCGAUACAAUUCUCUAUUCGAUAAUGAUUCACAGAGAAUAAUUUUGCUCGAAGAGAUACCAUCAAUUUUUCUGAGGAAACCAGAAGAGUUCCAUGAGGCUCUUCGUCGAUACCAAGCUUUCGGAAGAUGUCCCCUCGUCAUCAUCCUAUGCGAAACUUCAUCAUCUCGAGAGUUCAAGCUCUUCCCGCCGGAAAUUAAAAGAGAGCUGCAGAUUCACACCAUAUCAUUCAACCCGAUCGCAAAUACCUUGCUCCACAAAGCUAUCAGAGAUAUCAUCAUCGAAGCUUCGAAGGUGUGCGGGAAGAACUUCACUCAUCCCAUGGACUCAGUUGUCGAGUCCGUUGUCCAGAGUUGUCAGGGUGAUUUGCGCCUAGCGGUCAAUCUCCUUGAAAUGAAUUGUAUGGGUACCGCGAAGAAAUUGGCGAAUUUCGAGAAGAAAAAACCGAAAGCAACGAAGAAAGAUUCGAAGGCGGCAACGACGGGGAUAGGCGCGAAGGACAGCUCCUUGUAUCUCUUCCAUUCCUUAGGGAAGAUUCUGUACAGCAAACGAGAAGACAAAAUUAUUCACGAACUGCCGCAGCAUCUGAAGCUUUACGAGAGACCUCCAACCAAAGAAGUUCCUGAAGAGGUUUUCGAACGGACCUGUGUUUCGCAGGAUCUCUUCACGAGAAUGUUGGAGAAUAACGCUGUGAACUUCUAUGGAUCAGUUAAGUCUGCUUCGAACUGUGCGGAGUUCUUCUCCUUGGGAGACCACGUCAACGCGACGUGGGAUCCAUCCGGUGUACUCGAUUCUUUGGCGAUCUCUGUGACGAUGAGGGGCUUGAUGUUUCAUCUCGAGAAAGCCAAGGGCAAAACUCACUUCGGAACGUUCAAGAAGCCAACGUACGACCGCAGGAAAACUGACGAUCUCGCCCUUCAAGUCCGACAUGAGUUUCUGAUGCACGGUACAUCGACCGAGAUGCUCGUCUCGGAUAUAUUGCCAUACACGUUCAUAAUUCGACCACCUGACCUAAGUCAGGGACAAUGGGAUGUUCUGAACCAGUGCGUUCUGGUGAGGAAGAGUCAGAUGAACACGCGACAGAUCGAAAUCUCUGAGAAAGAUGUUUUUGAUGAAGAUGACGAGGUCAGAGUCGGCGAGACCGACUUCGAAGCUGGAGAGAAAGUCUUGGAAACAGUCAGCGGCGCAGCUGAGGAGUUUGAGAUUGAGGAGAUCGAUUUUAACUGACGGCGAAUGAGAGUGAGUGCUUGUGAGACCCCGUGUCUGAGGCUGAAUCGGACCCUCGCUCGCCUCGAAUAAUGCUCGUUGAGUCUUCGGUUGUUUUCUGGAGUAAGUUCUCUCAGAGGUCGUCUGAAUAAAGAGGAGGGCUUCU